UGGACUAUAUGUCAGCUCUAACUUAAUUAACCUCCUGUGCAUCUGUCUAUGCAUUCAGGUUGCCAGGACAGCAAAGGGCAAAUCCAUCCAUUUGGUUCUACCUGGGUGACUGAGAAUUGCUAUUCCUGUGACUGCACAGCAGGUGGUGCUGGUUGUUGCAACACAGUCCCAACUGUAAUGUUGUUGCCUGAGGAUUGCCAGCAGAUAGUGGAUAAGAAGACCUGCACAUCCAAGGUGGUGCUGAAGUCAGACCCAUCUGUUAAAUGUCCUGGUCCGAUUGCUUCCGUGUUGAAAUAAACCUCCUGGAAUGAAUCAAAAUAAUAUAUUUUAAUCAGGUUCUCUUUCCUGUAUGCUAUAUAAUACUAUUGUGUGCAUCAUUGUUUCAGAA